CCUGCCUGGCCCUGGACACCUCCGUCGCCAUGUGGUUCCCACUUCUAGGCCUCGCCCUGCUCCUGGGGGGGACUGGUGCGGUGCCGCCCAUCCAGUCUCGAAUCAUAGGAGGCGAGGACUGUUUGAAGAAUUCCCAGCCCUGGCAGGUGGCUUUGUACCACUUCAGCCACCUCCAGUGCGGGGGCGUCCUGGUGCACCCCCAGUGGGUGCUCACGGCCGCCCACUGCGUCAACGACAAGUACCAGGUCUGGCUGGGUCGCCACAACCUGUUUGACGACGAAGACACAGCUCAGCACAUCACCGUCAGCAAGGGCUUCCCUCACCCGCAGUUCAACAUGAGCCUCCUGGGCCCGCACCCCAGCGACCCCCAGGACGACUACAGCCACGACCUGAUGCUGCUGCGCCUGAAGGAGCCCGCGCGGAUCACGGACAGCGUGCAGGUCCUGCCGCUGCCCAGGGAAGCAGCCAUGGUGGGAACUGAGUGCCUGGCCUCAGGCUGGGGCAGCACGGACCCAGAUGCCACCCAGCCGGCGUACCCAGACGAUCUCCAGUGUGUGGGCCUCAAGAUCCUGGACAACGAGGACUGCGCAAAUGCCCACGUCGCCAAGGUGACAGACAGCAUGCUGUGUGCCGGGCACCCGGAAGGCGGCAAAGACACCUGUGUGGGUGACUCAGGGGGCCCCCUGGUCUGUGAUGGCGUGCUGCAAGGGAUCACAUCAUGGGGCCACAACCCAUGUGCCCUCCCCGGGACGCCCGGCAUCUACACUGACGUGAUACAGUACCUAGAGUGGAUAAAUGAAACCGUAACAAAAAAUUCCUGAGCACCCUGCCCUGUCCCUUCCUCCCUUGCUCCCAAUAAAACC